AUGAAGAUAGCCACAGUGUUAGUGCUUCUGCCCUUGGCUCUUUGCCUCAUACAAGAUGCUGCCAGUGAGAAUGAAGAUCAGGAAAUAUGCCAUGAAUUUCAGGCAUUUAUGAAAAAUGGAAAACUGUUCUGUCCCCAGGAUAAGAAAUUUUUUCAAAGUCUUGAUGGAAUAAUGUUCAUCAAUAAAUGUGCCACGUGCAAAAUGAUACUGGAAAAAGAAUCAAAAUCACAGAAGAGGGGCAGGCAUUUAGCAAGAGCUACAAAGGCUACUGCCCCCACAGAGCUGAAUUGUGAUGAUUUUAAAAAAGGAGAAAGAGAUGGGGAUUUUAUCUGUCCCGAUUUUUAUGAAGCUGUUUGUGGCACAGAUGGGAAAACAUAUGGUAACAGAUGUGCACUGUGUGCUGAGAAUGCGAAAACCGGGUCCCAAAUUGGUGUAAAAAGUGAAGGGGAAUGUAAGAGCAGUAAUCCAGAGCAGGAUGUAUGCAGUGCUUUUCGGCCCUUUGUUAAAGAUGGAAGACUUGGAUGCACAAGGGAAAAUGAUCCUGUUCUUGGUCCUGAUGGGAAGACGCAUGGCAAUAAGUGUGUGAUGUGUGCUGAGCUGUUUUUAAAAGAAGCUGAAAAUGCCAAGCGAGAGGGUGAAACUAGAAUUCGACGAAAUGCUGAGAAGGAUUUUUGCAAGGAAUAUGAAAAACAAGUGAGAAAUGGAAGACUUUUUUGUACACGGGAGAGUGAUCCAGUCCGUGGCCCUGACGGCAGGAUGCAUGGCAACAAAUGUGCCCUGUGUGCUGAAAUUUUCAAGCGGCGUUUUUCAGAGGAAACCAGUAAAACAGAUCAAAAUUUGGGAAAAGCUGAAGAAAAAACUAAAGUUAAAAGAGAAAUUGUGAAACUCUGCAGUGAAUAUCAGAAUCAGGCAAAGAAUGGAAUACUUUUCUGUACCAGAGAACAUGACCCUAUUCGUGGUCCAGAUGGGAAAAUGCAUGGCAACUUGUGUUCCAUGUGUCAAGCCUACUUCCAAGCAGAAAAUGAAGAAAAGAAAAAGGCUGAAGCACAAGCUAGAAAUAAAAGAGAAUCUGGAAAAGCAACCUCAUAUGCAGAGCUUUGCAGUGAAUAUCGAAAGCUUGUGAGGAAUGGAAAACUUGCUUGCACCAGAGAGAAUGAUCCUAUCCAGGGCCCAGAUGGGAAAGUGCACGGCAACACCUGCUCCAUGUGUGAGGUCUUCUUCCAAGCAGAAGAAGAAAAGAAAAAAAAGGAAGGCAAAUCAAGAAACAAAAGACAAUCUAAGAGUACAGCUUCCUUUGAGAAGUUGUGUAGUGAAUACCGCAAAUCCAGGAACAACGGACGGCUUUUUUGCACCAGAGAGAAUGACCCCAUCCAGGGCCCAGAUGGGAAAAUGCAUGGCAACACCUGCUCCAUGUGUGAGGCCUUCUUUCAACAAGAAGAAAGAGCAAGAGCGAAGGCUAAAAGAGAAGCUGCAAAGGAAAUCUGCAGUGAAUUUCAGGACCAAGUGAGGAAUGGAACACUUAUAUGCACCAGGGAGCAUAAUCCUGUCCGUGGCCCAGAUGGCAAAAUGCAUGGAAACAAGUGUGCCAUGUGUGCCAGUAUGUUCAAACUUGAAGAAGAAGAGAAGAAAAAUAAUAAAGAAGAAAAAGGGAAAGUUGAGGCUGAAAAAGUUAAGAGAGAAGCAGUUCAGGAGCUGUGCAGUGAAUAUCGUCAUUAUGUGAGGAAUGGACGACUCCCCUGUACCAGAGAGAAUGAUCCUAUCGAGGGUCCAGAUGGGAAAAUCCACGGCAACACCUGCUCCAUGUGUGAAGCCUUCUUCCAGCAAGAAGCAAAAGAAAAAGAAAGAGCUGAACCCAGAGCAAAAGUCAAAAGAGAAGCUGAAAAGGAGACAUGCGAUGAAUUUCGGAGUCUUUUGCAAAAUGGAAAACUUUUCUGCACAAGAGAAAAUGAUCCUGUGCGUGGCCCAGAUGGCAAGACCCAUGGCAACAAGUGUGCCAUGUGUAAGGCAGUCUUCCAGAAAGAAGAUGAGGAAAGAAAGAGGAAGGAAGAGAAAGAUCAGAGAAAUGCUGCAGGACAUGGUUCCAGUGGUGGUGGAGGAGGAAACACUCAGGACGAAUGUGCUGAGUUUCGGGAACAAAUGAAAAAUGGAAGACUUAGCUGUACUCGGGAGAGUGAUCCUGUACGUGAUGCUGAUGGCAAAUCAUACAACAAUCAGUGUACCAUGUGUAAAGCAAAAUUGGAAAGAGAAGCAGAGAGAAAAAAUGAUUAUUCUCGCUCUAGAUCAAAUGGGACUGGAUCAGAAUCAGGGAAGGAUACAUGUGAUGAGUUUAGAAGCCAAAUGAAGAAUGGAAAACUUAUCUGCACUCGAGAAAGUGACCCUGUCCGGGGUCCAGAUGGCAAGACACAUGGCAAUAAGUGUACUAUGUGUAAGGAAAAACUGGAAAGGGAAGCAGCUGAAAAAAAAAAGAAAGAGGAUGAAGGCAGGAGCAAUACAGGAGAAAGGAGCAAUGACAAAGAGGAUCUGUGUCGUGAAUUUCGAAGCAUGCAGAGAAAUGGGAAGCUUAUCUGCACCAGAGAAAAUAACCCUGUUCGAGGCCCAUAUGGCAAGAUGCACAUCAAUAAAUGUGCUAUGUGUCAGAGCAUCUUUGAUCGAGAAGCUAAUGAAAGAAAAAAGAAAGAUGAAGAGAAAUCAAGUAGCAAGCCCUCAAAUAAUGCAAAGGACCAGUGCAGACAGGUUCAGAAUGAAGCGGAGGAUGCAAAAUUUAGACAACCUGUGCGUUCCUUGGCCUCUGUUGCCAGGAUAAGUACAGAUGAGUGCAGUGAAUUUCGAAACUAUGUAAGGAACAAUGAGCUCAUCUGCCCCAGAGAGAAUGACCCAGUGCGCGGUGCUGAUGGAAAGUUCUAUACAAACAAGUGCUACAUGUGCAGAGCUGUUUUUCUAACAGAAGCUUUGGAAGGGGCAAAACUUCAAGAAAAGCCAUCCCAUGUUAGAGCUUUUCAAGAGGAAGACAGCCCAGACUCUUUCAGUUCUCUGGAUUCUGAGAUGUGCAAAGACUACCGAGUAUUGCCCAGGAUAGGUUAUCUUUGUCCAAAGGAUUUAAAGCCUGUCUGUGGUGACGAUGGCCAAACCUACAACAAUCCCUGCAUGCUCUGUCAUGAAAACCUGAUACGCCAAACAAAUACACACAUCCGCAGUACAGGGAAGUGUGAGGAGAGCAGCACCCCAGGAACCACUGCUGCCAGCAUGCCCCCAUCUGAUGAAUGAUGGGAAGAUUGUUGAAAGCCAUGAGGGAAAAAAUAAACCCCAAUUCUGAAUCACCUACCUUCACCAUCUGUAUAUACAAAGAAUUCUUCAGAGCUUGUCUUAUUUGCUAUAGAAAACAAUACAGAGCUGUUGGGAAUGGACUCACUGAUUUUCAGUCUUUUCUAUCUCUUUCCUCCUAGACUCUGUGAUCUGAGGGUAUAAAGACAUCUCCACCAAGUCUGAGCCCUCAAAAUGUCCUGAUUACAAUGCUGUCUGUCCAACUGCCUGUUCAAUAAAAGUAAACUCAGCAGAACACCCUUUCUGGGAUUUCUUUGUCACUGUCUGGAUAAUAGAUAUUUGCUUUUAAAGAAACUGAAUAAACU